GUCUAUAUCUGAUAUCUGAGUGCGGCGUGUUAAUUUUUCAAGUGUUUCAAUCCACCAUUUUCAAUUUCUGAUCGUUUUCAGCCAACACAUUGUGUAUGUCGCAUGAUUUAAAUCAAAUAUUCCAAGACGAUCGAGAUUACAUUUCAUAAAAGCGAAAUGCAAUCAACGCUUUGGCGAUUCGGAUUUCUCAAAAGGAAAAAGAGUCGACAUGAUGAUGAUGCAACUUGCUCCACAAAAAAUAAACUGGCUUCCACACAAUUACCUGUGCCAAUAGUUAAGUAUCAGAUGCCGAUGCAGUGUUAUACCCUCCGAUGCGUUGACACUACACAACUAAGUAAAUUGAAAAUUAUUCAAUUAAUAUUGCUAAUUGCCAUCGCGUAUAUUUUACGAACUGUAAACGCUGAUCAAGUUGUUUUGCUGGACACAACGAGGGAAGCUACACUAGAAUGGACGAGGUAUCCUUAUGGACCCCAGGCUCAAACUCCAGGCUGGGUAGAGGAAUCAUUUACAGAUUUUGUAAAGGGCAUUAAUUGGCGUAGUUAUGUGGUUUGCGAUGUUGCCUAUCACAAUGUUAACAACUGGCUCUGGUCCCCAUUCAUUGACCGUGGACCUGCUAACCGUCUUUAUAUAGAAAUACAAUUUACAAUUCGGGACUGUUCAUUGUUUCCAGGAAAUGCCUUGUCCUGUAAGGAAACGUUUAGCUUAUUGUUUUAUGAAUUCGAUGCGGCGACUCGAGAGCCGCCGCCAUGGCAGACAGAUAGUUACAAACUGAUCGCUCGAAUUGCCGCUGGUGAAGGGCGCUUUAAUCAAAAUUCCGAUGUGGAUAUAAAUACCGAAGUGAAGAGCAUAGCUGUUAACAAGAAGGGUGUCUAUUUCGCUUUCCGGGAUCAGGGCGCUUGCAUAAGUGUUCUUGCGGUAAAAGUCUACUACAUCACAUGUCCGGCGGUCACGGAGAACUUUGCCCAUUUCAAUGAGACGCCCACCGGCCGCGAGAUCACAAUAAUUGAGAAACAAAAUGGUACAUGUGUCGAGAACGCCGAACCCUAUGAGCCACCCACCUACUUGUGCAAGGGCGAUGGCAAAUGGACAAUUUUGACGGGAGGCUGUCGUUGCAGGGUCGGCUUUGAGGCAAAUGAUGCGAAUAACACGUGUAAAGAGUGUCCUGUAGGCACGUUUAGAUCGUCUGAGGUGCGUAAGUGUGUGCCAUGUCCACCCAAUUCGAAUAGCUCUAAAACGGGUUCGCCGUUGUGCAAGUGCGUGCCAGGCUUCUAUCGACAUCCUGCGGACGGCAGACAUAUGCCCUGCUAUAAACCGCCUGGAGCACCCAUGAAUCUCACCCUAUUAUUUGUCGAUCAAACAAGCGCAAUAAUAUCAUGGAGUGCUCCAGUCAAAGAUGAUUUAUAUCUGGCAAAUACAGUUGAGAAAUACCGUACUGAUAUUGUCUAUAAAGUGCGUUGUAUCAUGUGCAGCUCGAAUGUUAUGCUUAAUCCAUCGACAGACACGUUCAAUGAAACGAAAAUAACACUCACCAAUCUGGAUCCGGUGACCACGUAUACAGUACAAAUUCAUGCGACAAAUGGCAUCUCGUCUUUGAUCGAGCCCUAUGCUAACGAAACAUAUACGAAUAGUGAGAGUCCAUUUGUGAAUGCUUCUAGUUUUUUGAGUGGCAAUAGUCAACAGGUGGAUCUUAGCGAAAUUAAAACGAAACAUGCUGAAAUUGUAUUCACCACGGAGUCCGUUAUGCUCUCGACGGUGUUCAAUUUGCGUGUUGUGGCCAUAACCAACAAUGACGCCGAUCUUGUUUGGGAUAAGCCUGUUCAGAGUGAAACGCCCAUCGAGUUGUAUGAAGUUCGUUGGUUUCCCAAAUCCGAAUUGGACACGAUCAAUAAAACGGCAUUGAACACAAAGGAGACUAAAAUUCACCUCACCAAUCUGUUGGAGAAUACUGAAUACGGGUUUCAAGUGCGCUGUAAAACUAUCAAUGGAUUUGGCACCUACAGCAAUAUGGUCUAUGCUCAGACUCAUCAAUCCGUUGGCUCAGUCUAUGACGAUUCCAUUCAAAUAAGAUUUAUUGCUGGAGCCAUUGUGACGGGCGUGUUCUUUCUGGUCAUCUUUAUCGUUGCGACUGUCUAUUUUAUGAGAUCCAAACAUCAAGACGAGCUCGAUAAAAAGUCCACUAACCAUCUUCCCUUGCCAAUGGAUUACGCAAGCAAUGAAGGACUGGUUGUGACAUAUAUGACGACGCCCCUAUUUGGUAAUAGCCGAAGCUACGUUGAUCCUCAUACCUAUGAAGAUCCAAAUCAAGCAAUUAGGGAAUUCGCCCGUGAAAUUGAUGCAAAUUACAUCACAAUUGAGGCCAUUAUUGGUGGCGGAGAAUUCGGUGAUGUGUGUCGAGGUCGUCUCAAAAUUCCGCCAAACUUUGUUCAGGACAUUGAUGUGGCAAUUAAAACAUUAAAACCAGGUUCUUCGGAAAAGGCACGUUGCGACUUUCUGACUGAGGCCUCAAUAAUGGGACAGUUUGACCAUCCGAACGUUAUAUACCUUCAGGGUGUGGUUACGCGCUCCAACCCCGUCAUGAUUAUAACCGAGUACAUGGAAAAUGGCAGUCUGGAUACCUUCUUGCGCGUUAAUGAUGGCAAGUUUCAAACACUUCAGCUGAUCGUAAUGCUACGUGGCAUCGCCAGCGGAAUGUCAUAUCUGAGUGACAUGAAUUACGUCCAUCGUGAUUUGGCAGCACGUAAUGUGCUCGUUAAUGCCCAGCUAAUCUGCAAAAUCGCCGACUUUGGUCUGUCUCGCGAAAUCGAAAACGCUAGCGACGCAUACACGACACGGGGUGGUAAAAUUCCAGUUCGUUGGACUGCUCCGGAAGCAAUAGCUUUUCGUAAAUUUACUUCCGCAUCGGAUGUUUGGUCUUAUGGAGUUGUUUUAUGGGAGGUCAUGUCGUAUGGGGAGCGUCCCUAUUGGAACUGGUCAAAUCAGGAUGUAAUAAAGAGCAUUGAGAAGGGCUACCGCCUACCUGCACCGAUGGAUUGUCCAGAAGCUCUGUAUCAGUUGAUGUUGGAUUGCUGGCAAAAGCAGCGGACGCAUCGGCCAACAUUUUCCAGUAUUGUGUCGACCCUCGAUAAUUUGGCCAGACAACCACAAUCUCUGCUAACGACGCGAAAUUCACCGGAAAAUGAUAGUACUCAUAUUCUUGAUUCACAGCGUGGUCAUAACAUUUUUAUAAGUACUGAUUUAUGGCUUGAAAACAUUAAAAUGUCAAGAUACAGUCAACACUUUAGAGAGGCUAAUUUAGUGAGCGCUCAACAGAUCUCAAGGUUAAACAGCUCAACAGCUAUCCGAUAUGGGUAUAACUUUAGUAGGGCAUCAGAAGAAGAUUUUACACCAAGCUCGGCAGCUGGAUACAAUAAUAUAGACAGCGUAUUCUUUAAGAUGUACAUACAUACAUUCAAUAUAUAUAUAAAUAUAUAUAUAUAA